AUGUUAGCAAACCCGGGUACAAAUGGCUUACUACCCAUGAUAGUACGCUUUUUAAAUACUAGGGACACUAGCAUUGAGAAACUACAGAACUUUAUAAAUGAAUCAACAACAGAACAGCUUGUUCCUUCAUUCGCAUUUUUAGGUUUCUGGUUGACAUCAAAUAUUACAAGCAACUCAGAUCCUUCAACACUUACAAGCAUUCAAUCUGCAUUUCAUCUUAUAGAUUUGAUAAUUAGUAAAGUUCCUCCUGUUAUUUUACUUUCUGGCAUUUCAGAUUUAAACUGGGGUAUGAACCAACCAAGUUGGACUCUCAGUGAGUUCUUUCAGCCAGUUUUUGAACGUAUCAGAAAAAUUAGAGGUUUUGUUAAACCAUUUUCACUCGAAAGCCAUAUUUUACGAUAUCCACAAAUAUACAUAACUGGAGAUAAAGCUCAGAUGCUUAAGUUUCCAGGUCUAUUACUUGAAGUUGAAGCAGAUCCAGCGUAUCAAAUCGCAUGUAUACAACAUUUCAAGCGUUUGAUAUUAAAUCAUGCACCACUUGAUUCAUUCAAGCCACUGACAGAGUACAGAAAUGCCAGAUUAACGCUAACUUAUGCAAUUAUGGACUUAAUUUCCGAAUUAAACUCGAACAGAAAAGCAACUCAUUCAGAACUUCUCUUUACAUUCGCCACAAUUUUUUUAUACGUCCAAGGCUUCGCUUUGUCGAAUGAUAUCGACGGACAAAUUUUAUGCGAAUUUUUACAGAGCAGACCAUUUAUUUCACCUUUCUGUAUGCUCGCUAUCGUUAAUCAUAUUCAAUUUAAUCAUUAUUUGUUUAAUCUUUUAAUUCCUUCACAACUUACAAAAGGAGACAUAGAUAACGAGCAAGAUGCGAUUGCAGCAAUCGAGAGCCAAUACAGGAUUGUAGAUAUGUCCACAGAUGACUCACUUUCCUCGUUAAUUUCUUAUAUUCCUAGCGUUCUUGCAAGAUACUUCCUUUCUAACCUUCCUCCAGCCAAUGACAAAGAUCUUGGUAAGAAUAAGAACGAAACUAUUGCAUUCAUGCUUCUUACUUGCAAAGUUACGUUAAAUCAGAUCAAAUACAUCGUUGAAAACGCCAGAGACAACGAAUACGGGCCUAAAUAUGUUGCCAUAAUGAGUUCUCAGCUGAUGACUCUCUUUAUUUUCGGCUUCCACCAUACAUUUUCCGAAUGUUGCAAGAAUAAGAUGUUUACACCCAAUCUUAUGACAAUGAUUGAGUGUGUUCUUGCCAAUAUAUUACCAAUCCGAUCCGAAACCAUUGCCAAGAAGUUCCUAGACCUCACAGGAAAAGAUAUCGACCUCCAAGAGAUGACAAUCCGGGCCAUCUUCUUCUUUGUCCGCAUUAUCGCACCACUAUCUGUCCAUAAGACCGUAAUUCCAAGCGUUCUCCAAGUAAUUGGUUCCGUAAACAACCAAAACCAACAACAGAACGAUAGCGGUAUCGAAAAAGUGGCAUUAGUAUUAUUAAUCAAAUUAUUACAUGUUCAUUAUCCACGUCUUAGUGAUGAAGUUGCCCAGAAGAUCGAAGAAUCAUCAAAUAUCCUUGUUUUGCUUGCCUACAUUGAAGCAACAACGAAUUUGACCGAUGUCAAUUUAUGUACAGAAGCAACUAAGAUCAAUGAGUUCAGAGAGAAGUUAAUUUCCAUCUUACCAUUUAACAAUGACAAGAAAGCACCAAUCUACAUCAUAGAAUCGAUCAAUCAAUCGAUAUCAAGCAGUAGAUUCGAUAAACUUUCUUUAGGUUGUUUAAGAGCCUACAAAAACUUUUCUCAAUCGAGUAACAUGAAUGCAAGUGAAUUAUUUGAUGUGUAUUUCUUGAGUUUCACUUCUUUUGUUGCUAGAUAUGAAUUUGCAUAUUCAUUGACACAACAUUGCAGAAGAUAUUUGGCAUCUAAUGAUGAUAUUCUUGAAAAAGAUUAUCAGUUGCAAAUAACAACAAGACAUUUGGCUGUUUUAUUAUCACAACAACUGUUGCCAAGAUUGUUGUAUUACAAACAUGAAUAUCUUGCAAAUAUCUUAAUAGAUGCUUUGAUUCCAGCUCUUUUGGCUGAUAAAAUGCCUUUGCAUUGGUUCAAGAUGUUUUUGACAAGAAAUUGGCAUUUGUUGACAAGCGAAAUGAGCGCGAAACUCAAGACGAAUUUCCUUGGAAGUAUUCCAAAUGCACAAGAAUAUUUAGUUCCCGAUGGACCUGAAAUGGCAAAACAAAUUGGAACAAAACUUCAUGAAAUUGAAGAAACAGUUCAACAAGAUCCUGAAGUGAUUGUUAGAGAAUACCAAAGCCAAUUCGAUCAUAUGAAGGCUUUCUCUGUUUGCGCAAUCCUUUUAUCAAACAAAACAUGCGAUGCAAUCGUUGAUGAACUGAUUAAUCAGAUAGUUGACGUAAUGCAUAGUUGGCCGGAAAGAGAAUUAUGUUGCAAUUGUUUGAUGAGAGUUAUCGCGGAAUUGCCACAUGAUAUUUGUACUUCUUUCUUCACAGCUGCUGUUCAUAAGUCUGUUUCUCCAAUUAUACUAAAGGCAAUGAGGAUAUUCAUGACUUAUGUGACAUUGGAAGUUUUUAGAGAUAUCUGUUAUAAUCUCAAACAAAUAAUCAGUGGAGAUCCUUCGAGAUUGUCUGUUUGUUUGCAAAUAAUGAUGUCGAAUUUCAUGAGAUUGAAAGGAGAUUCUGCAGCAGCAACAUCAAUGCUUUGCGGAUUCUUGGAAAACGUCAGCCUUUCAACACCAAAAGAUUUGCAGGAAGAAGUAAUUGACGCUGUUGGAUUGACUUAUAUAACUUUGAAAUUGCAUAAAUCAAGGCCGGUUUUGAUCAAUGCAAGUUCAAGAUUCCCGCCUGAAAUGAAGUCAAUCAUCGCUAGUAGCUUGGAAAUUACGUCACCGGCAAAGAAGAAUGAAACUGCACCAUAUAUGAAUCCGAAAGUUCAAAACUUUUCUAGUCUUUGGGUUUAA